AAAGCUGAGCGUUGCCAGGGAAACACUAUAGCUUGGUUCCUUAGGUGGAAAAAGUGAAGCCGGUCUGGAGAAUAUCUCCCCUCCUCGGGUACCCCAGAUUGUUACGCCAACAUGGGGGUAUCUUUCCCGCUUACCGCAGAGGAGUAGGGAAACAGCCUCUCGGAUCCUAGCGUGGAAGAGAAAGGCCAGGAACACGAAGGUGACUGCAUUUCUUGUGAGAUUGUAAAUGUACCAUGGAAGUUAAAAGUAGCUUAAGAAGAAUGGAAAAAGGCCAAUUAGAAGCCUCAAAUCUUCCAUCAGAAGUCUGGCAUUCUGAGGUGACAGUGUCAGUGACAGGCGAGCCACCUGGUGCUGUAGAAGAAGAAGAAGAAACAGCUGAAGAAACAAACAUAGAAAUCAUCCCGGAAAUCAUAGAACCACUCUCCAUUCUAGAUGUGCUGAGGAUCUCCGCAGUUCUGGAGGAUACCACAGAUCAGCUCUCUAUUCUAAACUAUAUCAUGCCAGUUCAGUAUGAAAGAAGACAAAGUGUCAACAUGAAGAAAAAUAAAGAAAUCAAUUUUGAAGGAAAGACCUUAGAAAAACUUUCAGAUGACCCAAAAACCUCAAAAAUAACCAGUCCAUUCUUACCUAAAGAAGAAACCAAGUUGCCAGAAAUCAGACAAGGAAGCCAAUUGGCCAACGGAUUUAACAAAACGCAAGAUCUUGUCUUCAAAAAACCUAUAAGACAGACCAUAAUGUCUAUGGAGACACUGAAGAAAAUUCAGGUAGAUAGGCAGUUUUUCAGUGACAUAAUUACAAAGACCAUGCAGGAGCUGCAGGAGUCAGGCACUUUCACCAGUCUCUUGGAAGCUUUGGGCAAAGAGAGGGAAAACAAAAAGCAUUUCUAUGAUAUCAUUGCCAGGGAGGAAAAAGGAAGAAAACAGAUAAGAUCUCUUCAAAAACAGCUACUUAACGUCAAAAGAGAACGGCAAGCUGAGGUACAGAGUCGGAAUGAAUAUAUUGCUCACCUCAAGGACCAGUUGCAAGAGAUGAAGGCAAAAACCAACCUGGAGAAUCGCUAUAUGAAGAGAAACACUGAGCUGCAGAUCUCCCAGACCCAGAAGAAAUGUAAUAGAACAGAGGAGCUCUUGCUGGAAGAGAUAGAGAAACUAAGGUUGAAAACCGAAGAAGAGAAUCGGAUUCAUAUGGAAAUUGAAACGUUCCUUAGAAAGGAGCAGCAGAAACUUGAGGAGAAGCUAGAGUUCUGGAUGGAGAAAUUUGAUAAGGACACAGAAAUGAAACAGAAUGAACUAAAUGCUCUCAAAUCUGCUAAGGCCAGUGACUUAGCACACCUUCAAGACCUUGCAAAAAUGAUAAGGGAGUUUGAACAGGUCAUCAUUGAAGAUCGGAUAGAAAAGGAGAAGACCAGGAAGAAGAUAGAACAGGAUCACUUGGAACUCAAGAGCGUCUUACAGCUCCAGGCCUGGUGGCGAGGCACUAUGGUACGGAGGGAACUUGGUGGUUUCAAAAUGCCUAAGAAGGACAAAGAGGAUAUCAAGGAUUCCAAAGGUAAAGGCAAAGACAAGAACAAGCGGAGAGGCAAGAAAAAGUGACAUUCUCCUGCCUUUUCCUCUGGUAUUCUGGAGCUGGGAAGGUGGACUUGAAAACAUUUUACCAGCGCAGAGAACUCAUCUACAGGUUGUUUCUUAUUUGGACAUUUCCAGGUGCUGCCUGGUGUUUUCACUUUGCCUGUUGUAUUAGUUUGCAAACCCUGAAUUAGGACUAUACUGUUGACUUAGGGCUUCUUUUGAGAAACUUUUCGUGGGAAGUAUUUCUAGGAGGCUUAUGAAGAUUCUUCUUGCUCUUUCUUACUAGAAAAAAGUCAAGGGCUUAGUUAUUGUGAUGCAUUAAAACUUCAGUAAUUUC